CUUGUUUUGAGAUCUUAUUGUAAUCGCUCCCUUUGUAUACGGUAUUUCACCGUCAGUCAUAAAUAAAGGUUAUCAAUAAGAUUAGAAUCUCGUCCAUCCAUCUAUCGCUCGACACCCCGUCCCCACCGUAAUCCCGUCUCCACCAAACUCCAAUUACCACUCUUCCAAGGUGUUGUUCUACCCUGAAGAGUUUCUUUCAGGGGCAUAGAGCUUUUCUUCUGGUUUGAGGGAUGAUGGACUGUGCUUCUUCUAAUCCCUUUUCGCAUGGUCCCAUCGCAUUUUUGCGAGGUAAAGGAAUCCUUCGAACACCCAGAGUAGACCCAUUUAAAGUUUCCUUCCAGAGGAAUCAUCCCGAAAUCCUGAAGCUUGACCGACACCCAGACGGUCUCGCCUCGUUCCGUUCUUUCCAGCGUAGUAGCAGUAAAAUCAUACUACCAUUAAAUUCUACAAAUCCAACACUGAAGUUGCACCAAUCAUAUGCAUUGGUCAUCACAAGCGAACUUCCUCAAAAUGCCGAUUUUCCUCGCUAUUAUUCAAGGAAGGAGAAAAAGCCUUUUCCAACACCCGUAUUGGAGCUGAGGCGGGCUGCCAGGGAGAGAUUUAAAAACAGUAAAGGCCGGCCUAAAAAACCUGCCCCACCCCCAAAGAAUGGGCUACUUGUGAAGAGCCUUGUACCACUCGCUUAUGAUGUGUUCAAUGCAAGGAUAACAUUGAUUAACAAUCUCAAGAAACUCUUAAAGGUUGUGUGUGUGCAUGCUUGCGGCUGCUGCAAUGAAAUUCAUGUGGGACACGUUGGGCAUCCAUUCAGAUCUUGUAGGGGCCAAAAUGCUAACGUCCGCAAGGGCCUUCAUGUAUGGACAAGUGCAACUGUGGACGACAUAGUCUUAUCAGUGGAAGCCUUCCACCUCUGUGACCGCCUAGGAAAGCGUAUUCCUCAUGAGGAGAGAUUCUCAAUUCCUCGAAUUCCAGCAGUAGUUGAACUCUGCAUCCAAGCUGGUGUCAAUCUUCGUGAGUUUCCAACAAAACGGAGAAGAAAGCCUGUCAUUCGCAUUGGGAAAAAGGAAUUUGUUGAUGCAGAUGAAAGUGAACUACCAGAUCCUGUUCCAGAAGUUCCUGAGAAACCAUUAUUAACCGAAAUACCAGAUUCAGAGAUAGUAGCCCCAUCUGAUGAAGACGAUGUAGCUUGGCUUGGAGAGGAAACGCUACAAGCUUGGGAAAAGAUGAGGGGAGGUGCCAAGAGGCUCAUGAAGAUGUACCCUGUGAGGGUUUGUGGAUAUUGCCCGGAGGUGCAUGUGGGUGCUAGUGGGCACAAGGCACAGAACUGUGGGGCACACAAGCACCAGCAGCGGAAUGGGCAGCAUGGUUGGCAGUCGGCAGUGCUAGAUGACUUGAUACCACCUAGAUAUGUGUGGCAUGUUCCUGAUGUAAAUGGACUGCCAUUGCAACGGGAGCUCAGGAACUUCUAUGGUCAAGCACCUGCGGUAGUCGAGAUAUGCAUACAGGCUGGUGCUGUUGUGCCGGAUGAGUACAAAUCAACAAUGAGGCUGGAUGUAGGGAUCCCCUCGGAUGUUAAAGAAGCAGAAAUGGUCAUUUGACGUGAUUGUAUUUCGUAAUUUCUUCUUUCCUCAAAACCAUUAUUUUCAAACACAAUGUAGAGUAUUUGUAGAAUAGUCGAGUUGAAUACAGUAGAAACUUCCAUCUGAUUUUGAUCAGUAAUAAGAGUUGUAUGAAGUUGUCCUUUCA